AUGAAGCAUUUCAACUUCUUCGAGGGCACCUCGACAGGCUGUGAUACCAUCAUCCAAAUGCUCAAUGAAGAUGAUAAGAAAGUCAAAGAUGAAAUGACCAAAAACUGGCGAAACCACAAGCUAGAAGAACUGAAGUUUGUCGGAACGCUUGGCGCUCUUCUCGCCAGCUGUCUCAGCUCAACGAGUUCAUGGCCGGAUGUUCUACCAAACGGCAAGUCUAAACCAUGGCUUGUAAGAGGAAUGUUAUAUAGUGGCCUCAUACUCGCUCUCUUCUCGGUUGUUGUUGCUGGUAUCCAGAGUAUGAGGCUGCAUCGUCUGUCGGCACAUCCUGACGGUCUGGAGAUGAUACGGCAUAGUCUCGGCCGAAGACGUCGAUCUGACAAUAAGGCUCUACCUAGUUGGCUAUAUGUAUAUGCCUGGGAGUUCAGUCUUGCCUUUCUGGUGUUGGCUGUCUUGUUUAUGGUGAUCGCAACGUCCACACUCAUAUGGAGUGCCGCUGCCUAUGGACCCUGGAAGCCUGAGGGUGCAAGCUGGUGGGAUGGCAACGCCAAGAUGGCGGUUCUUUUCACGUCUGUCUUGACACUGGCCGUUGUGUUCCUUAUCCUAUCGCAAGGCGCACUGUCGAAGAGUAAUUUCUUUAGGAUAUAG